CUGCCUCACGCGCUUAUUAAUUGUCGCUAUGUAAUACAUAGCAGUUGAUAGUCACUCGGGGGGUUCGCAUGUCCCGCACUGUGUCAAAAUCGAACGCGCUGUCCACGCUUUGUGCAGUGGCCUUCCUGGGCAUCUGCGCUGUUCUGGUGCUUUCAUCUGGACGAGUCAUACUGCAUCAGACCAGCACAAAGAGUGCCACGGCCCCGAGCGGAGUGCCAAAUUUGCUCGCCGCGCCUGCUGGACCCACCCUCAUUGUAUACAUAUUAAGCUUUGCGGACUCGUCAUAUCUCGAAAACUUCCAAUUCUUUUACCGGGAGGCCAUCCUCCGGGACCCGGACAGCCGCUAUGACGUGCUGGUAGCGGAGGACGACUUCCAGGAUCUGCCGCUGCCGCCGCUGCCGCCGCAUGCGCGCUACGUGCGGCACGGCCGCGGCUGGUGCGGCGGGCUGGCGCUGGUGCGCUGGUACCUGGGCUCGGUGGCGGAGGGGCGGCAGGCGCUGGCGGGCUCGGUGCGGCUGGUGCUGGCCAGCUCGGCGGUGCGCGGGCCCUUCAUCCCGCCCGGCCUGAGGGCCAUGGUCAAGUGGCACGCGGCCCUGGGGGUGGCGCUGCAGCCGCCGCAGCCGCAGCCGCAGCAGCCGGGCGCUUCACCCGCCGCCGCCGCCGCCGCCUCCCCCCGCUCCCCGUUCAGCGGCGCCUGGGUCUCCCGGUCGCCGCGACACGCGGGCGCGGACCUGGCGGGCGGCGUGGUCAGCUGCGUGCAGCCGCAGACGCAGCCGGCAGCGGCGGGGCCGGCGGCGGCGGGGGGGAGCGGAGGCGGCAGAGCUGGCGACGCGGGUGGCGGCUCGGCCGGCGCCAGAGGCGGGCUAGCGGGGCAGGAGGCCGGCGCUGGCGGGGGUGAGGGGGCGGCUGCGGCCGAGUCUGAGGCGGAGGCGGAGGCGGAGCUGCUGCCGCCCUUCCUGGAGUUCACAGCGCUGGCCGCCACACGGGCGGCGGUAGAGGUGUUGCUGCAGCUGCCCGAGGCAGGGCCCCGCCCGGAGCAGCAGCAGCAGCAGCAGCAGCAGCAGCAGCAGCAGCAGCCGGCGGGGCGCUGGGCGGUGUCGGGCUGCCCCGCGCAGCCGCCGCCCCAGGUGGCUGCAGCCAUGGCGGAGGCGCGCCGGGCAGCGCGGCGGCUGGCCCAGCACACGGCGGCGGCGGCGGCGGCGGCGGCAGUGGAGCAGGCAGACGCGGCGGCGGCGGCGGCAGCGGCAGCAGGCAUAGCGGCAGCAGCAGCAGCAGGGAGCGACGCCGGAGGUGGCGGCGCCGCCGCUGACGGCGCCGGUUCGCGGGCGGACGGGGCGGAGGGCUCGCCGGGGCCGUCCGCAGCGGGUCCCUCCCCUGCUGCGGGCCACCAGCAGUCGCCGCAGCACCCGCAGCUGCUGGGUGCGGUGGAGCAGGACGAGCUGCUGCGGGCGGUGAGGGCGGCGCACGACCCGGCGGCGGUGCUGGCGGGCGAGGCGCGGACGGCGGCGGCGGCGGCGGCCAUGUCGGACAUGCGGGCCUGGUGCGGCGCCCUGCUGGCGGCGGGGCGGCGGCUGGCGGCGGCGGCGGCGCGGCAGCGGGGUGUGGACUGGGCGGACCGCCGCACCUGGCGCUGCAAUGCGGGCGUGUCCCCCCUGGCCGACCACGCCAACGACGGCCACUCGCUGUCGCCCUACGAGGCGCUGUUCGUGCCGCUGGGCCGCUGGGACGACGCCGGCCAGCCUUACGGCUCGCCCGCCGAGCUGGCGGCCGCGUACAGCGAGUGGAUGGCGGCGGGGGCCGGCCAAGACGCGCCCGGGCUGCAGCUGCACAACAGCAGUGCUGCCGCUGCAGCUGACGGCCCCGGCCCCGCCGCCGCCGCCACCGCCGCCAGCCGCACAGCGCUGGCGGCCCGCAACCGCUACUUCGCCGCCGGCACCGCCGCCACCUACAAGCUGCCUGCGGUGCUGUUCGCGGUGGCGCUGGGGGAGCAGUGCUUCGACGCCGACCACUUCAAACAGGUCAACCCAGACAUGGCCAUCCUGCCCAACCGGGACCUGUGGAAGUUCUGGGUGUUCGUGGGCCAGUUCCAGCCGCGCGGCUUCAGGCUGCGCUGCGGCAUGGACUGGAGCAGGUUCGGGCUGCGCAACGCCAGCGGCGCCGGGGGUGGGGCCGGCAGUGCGGCCGGCAGCGCGGGCGCAGGUGGCAGCGCAGGCGCAGGUGGCAAGGCCGGCGGGUAGCUGCAGGGCGGAGGAGGGCUGGGCGGGGCAGGUGUGCUGGUGACCUGGUGUGCCCUUGAAGUUGCGGGUCACAGGGUCGGAGCUAGCUAGGCGGUUUGAAGCAUCUUGACGUGCUCUGGGUAGCGGGUAUUGCGCUGACAAUGCUGUUGUGGUCAUACAGCUUGACACCGCGUCAGUCCGUCGCUCGGACUGCCCACUGCCCCGGAAUGGCCGAUGGCUCCCCAUGCGGCAGUGUCAUAGAGCUGGGCACUCCGUCAGUGGGACUCCGCACUGUCCCGGCACCGCAUGUGGGUCCAGGGGGCUGGUCACCUCAUGCACAGGGGGGCGGCGCCCUUACUUGAGGGCGGGCAGGUGGGCUGGGGAGUGUCGAGGCAGUGCGGAACAGGGAAGUCGGCUGCGAGGUGCUGAGUUUGCAAUUUCGAUCAGGCAUGGAAGGCACCCCCAAAUAACCUGUACCAAUUACCAUGUGUUUUGAGCCCGAAGCCCUUCCGAAGGAGUCACACCGCUGUGUCGUUAUCUGCCCACAAGCCUCCGCUGGACCGUUGGCAAGGUGCUGACGUUGUGACGUGAGCGUUCGGUGGUACAUGGAGGACAGGAGGGACAGUCCGUGCAGAUGGGUGGGACAGUGGGAGGGGACAGUUUUUCGCAGAUGGGUGGGGUAGGCACGGUUCUUGAUGGGGGGGCCGUAAAAGACAGAAGAGCCCUUGAGGACUGAUGCAGAGAAGGGAGGGGACUCAGGGGAGGCGCUCGCGAACGGCAAAUCAGCAAGAAUGUAAGGUGGGGGAGAA